AUGCACGGCUAUUCGUCCGAGUCCGAGACGGACGAUGAUUACACCUACCGCAAGCAAAAGGCGGCCGCAGCUGCUGCCCCGGCUACCAACGAUGCAAACAAGAAGAAAAAAAAGCGCCGGGUGCCCCCCCAACAGUCGAUCAACCGUAUUUGGAAGCGUUUCAGCAACAAGAAGUUCAACAAGGCCUUGGCGGUUCUGCCCUUCGACCCCGUCCUCCCGCCCACCAUCUCUGAGCGGUCAAACGAAUUGUUGACUGCUGGCUAUGAGCGUGCUGCGGAGGAAUGCCGCCGCAAAGUCAAGAAGAUUAUACAAGAAUGCCGGAGGGUGAACAUGCGAUACCGGGACCCUGGCUGGGAUAUUGACUGGGACCUUAAGAUGGAAAAAGGUCAUACCCUAAACAGCCUCGGCGCCACAAAGUUCGACAUCUCCGGUUCUACCAUCUUGAACCCAAGCUCUGUCGUCCCUAAGGCUGUUAAGCGUGUGCACGAAAUCUACGAGAAGCCCACGUUCAUGGCCAAACUCAGUGGCUCCGAUGUCAAGCAAGGCAGUAUCGGCGACUGCUGGUUGAUGGCCAGUUUGUCUGGGCUUGCCAACGUUGAAGACGGCAUUAAGCGCAUAUGCGUCGAGUAUGAUACCAGGAUUGGCAUCUACGGCUUCGUGUUUUAUCGAGACGGCGAGUGGAUCUACUCCAUCAUCGACGACAAGCUGUUCCUAAAGUCUCCUGUCUGGGAUUCGCCUAGCAUGCAACGUGACCUCCUCCAGCAGAUUGACCGCGAGGACGUGGAGCGCGUCUACCGCAAGACCUACCAGACUGGCUCCAAGGCGCUCUUCUUUGCGCAGUGCAAGGAUCAGAAUGAGACGUGGGUUCCGCUGAUUGAGAAAGCAUACGCGAAAGCCCACGGCGACUAUGCGUCCCUCGCCGGAGGCUGGAUCGGGGAGGGAUUGGAAGAUCUCUCGGGCGGUGUUACAACCGAGCUCCUGGCAUCAGACAUCCUUGACCUGGAUGGGUUCUGGGACAACGAACUCAGCAGGGUCAACGACGAGUUUCUCUUCGGCUGCAGCACUGGCCUUCUGGAUGGUGGCUAUGGCGACCGAGACGGCAUCUCCGAAGGCCACGCUUAUGUCGUCAUGGAAGCGCGGACUCUCAAGAACGGCACCCGCCUGCUCAAACUACGAAAUCCAUGGGGUAAAGCUAAGAAGGGCAUCUGGGAGGGUGCUUGGUCAGAUGGCUCUAAGGAGUGGACCACCGAGGUGCAAGAAGAACUGGGUCACCAAUUCGGGAGCGACAGCGUCUUCUGGAUCUCGUACGAGGAUCUCCUCAGCAAGUAUCAGCAUUUUGACCGGACCCGCCUAUUCCGUGACCCGGACUGGCGGUGCUGCCAACGAUGGAUCGGUGUCGAUGUGCCAUGGAAGCCCCAGUACAACGAGAAGUUUCACAUCAAGCUGACACGCGAGUCGCCAUUGGUGUUGGUUUUGAGCCAGCUUGACAACCGGUACUUCAAGGGUCUACACGGCCAGUACUCAUUCCGGCUGCACUUUCGAGUGCAUGAGCAAGAUCGGCCCAACCCCGAGGACUACAUCGUCCGGAGCCACGGCAACUACCUGAUGGAUCGUUCGGUAUCUAUCGAACUUCCAUCCAUGCUUCCCGGCAACUACAGCGUUUUCAUCAGCGUGGUUGGCGAACGCGACACCAACGUUUCCAGCAUUGAGAGCGUGGUGAAUCGCGAGUGUAAGAAGCGCGUCGAAAACGAGAAACUCGCCCAGGUCGGCUCUGCAUAUGAUCUCGCCCAUAGCAAAGCCGCCGCUCAUAUUGAGGCGGUCAAGAAGCUCCGCAAGCGUGCUGACCAGAAGAAAGCCAGCGAUGCGCGUGUCCAGGAGCGCCGUAAGCUGUGGGAGAAGCGCCACCUUAACCGCGAGAUCACCAAGAAACAGGGCCGCAAGAAUAACCAGAAGCUGGAGGCCAAGCAAGCAGCUCGCGAUGCGAGAAAGCGCAAAGAAGAAGAUCUGAAGCCUAAGGAUAAGGCAGUCCAGACCGAGGACCCUCCCAAGGACGAGAAGAAGCCCGAAGAUGCACCCAGUGGCGACGAUGUUACCAAAGUCGAAGAGAGCCCCAAAUCCGAGGAGGGCCCUAAGCUCGAGACGGUCCCUAAAGUUGAGGAUACUCUCAAGGCGGACGAUAUAUCCAAGGGUGAGAACGUUUCCGAGGCCGGAGAGACCCCCAAGGCCGAGGACACGACCAAAUCCGAGGCCACGACGGUCGAUGAGAAGAAGCCAGAAGCCGAAUCCGGCUCCAAGGUUGAACAGCAGCCCGAAGCCAAGGAAGAGAAGGCGGCAGAUGCAACGGAGUCCAAGAAAGAGGACACUGCCGGGGCUGGAGUUAAAGGCGUAGAAAAUGAUGAGACGCCCGACAGUACUCCUGUUCCAACUCCAACCGAAAGCCCUGCCGAGACCCCUACCGCGGAGAAGACUGAGGAUCAAAUGACUGGAAAGUCACCAGGAUCCUCUACCCCGUCUGAAGAGGUGAAAUCUGAAGACGCAGCAGAGAAAGAGUCGGGAGAAAGCUCUGGAGCCAGUUCACACGACAAGACAGCUGCUCAGCCUUCCGACAACAAGCCUGAAGAAGCCAGCCCGGGGUCGUCGAAGGACGGCAAAGACGGUAGCUUGGACGAUAAGUCCUCGGCCCACGAAGGUGUUCCUUCGGCAAGCAGCUCCGACUCUUCAGGUAGCCCGGAGCUCACGCCGAAGAGCGACACUACCGUAGCACCUGCCACGAAUCAGAAAGACGAAGACAAGGUCCCUGUACCGCCUGUCGAUGCGUCGACCGUGUCAGGCGCUCCGCCCCCGGCCGAUUCAGCGCCUACCGCCGACAAUACUGCCAACGCGCACUUGCCCACCUCUUCAGAUUCGCAGCCUGCUCCAGCAUCCAAGAAGGCGGCGAAUAUGUACGUCACUUCAGAUGGCGAAUCUAGCGCAUCGCCCAUCGAGGACUGGGAAGAGCUUUACAGCAGCGACGACAUGACUCGGAAGCCGCGUAUGGCUGCCUCUGCGGCGGCUGGCACUAACGUCAUCAGCAAAUACAAGGACGAGACAGAUGACGAUGACGAGGCCGACCCGUGGAACGCGAUCUGCGUCGUUGGGUUGAGAUUAUACUCGAGGGACGAGGAUCUAGAGCUCCGCAUCGUAAUGGAAGGUGGCGAGCUUGAGGAAGGCGGCAUGGGUGAGAAGGGCGGUGUCGACCUUGACAACGCACAGGCCAACGCAGGCGGCGAGAGAGGACGCAAGAAAGACGACGAGGACGGCGCGUACGAGGGCGAUAGCGAGGUCGACAAGAAGCUCAAAAAUGAGAAGAAGCGGUCCGACAGCAAGGGCAAUGCCGAGACAGACAAGGCGGCCGACGGCGUUGCUCCUUAUCCCGUCAUCGUUCAGAAAGGGAAAGGCGACGAGGACUACGAGAGCGCCGUCGAGUCCCAGAGAGACUAA